AUGUCUCAGUCACAAGUUGCUUGCCAAGCACCAAGUAGCAUCUCAGAUGAAGCCAAAGACGCCUGCGAAUCGACGGUCCUCGGCAUCUUUCCGGAUGCUGAUCAAGACUGGCUCAGCACCAUUUCCGAGACGCACGCCUAUAAUGCCGAACUUGUCAUUGCUCUUAUAGCUGACUUGCUUGAGGAUGGCAAAUCGUAUCCCAAAAGGGCACGGCAACGGCAGAAGCGCAAGCGGUCACCAAGCAGCGAGGAUGUCGGCGAACAAGUGGGCAAAAGAUUCUCUGGACAGAAAUAUCGCGAUAAAUGCCUGACCAAGGCAUACGAAACUACUGCGUAG